UGACUUGUUUGUCUUCGUUCUCUCCUCGUGUUUGUGGAUUUGAAACUUUUCAAAAUGCUGAGGGAGGAUAUUUCACUCGUUUUGAACUGUUUAUUUUGAAUAGGAUGAGAUAAAUUAAUUAGAUAAUUAAACACCUAUAUACUCUCAAUGAUACAAAUUGAUCUUUGACAUUGAUGUAAGUUAUCUGUACAUGGUCUAUAAUUGGGAAUAUUUCUCAGUCUAGUGUGAGACAUUGGCCACAUUGGUCAUAUUGUUAGUUUGAAAUAUGUGUAUCAUAAGAUUUUUUUCAUCUGAGGCAUUUAGUGCCUAUAAAACAAAAGAAAUACUUCAAAAACUUAAAUUGGUGGAUUCUGAUGUAUCAGAUUUGUCCACUGAACUUUGUUACCAUGUGGAAUUGGCUGAAGGAUGUGACUACCUCAACAUCAACCAGAUAAAAAUCUUGAAAUGGUUGUUAAGCUCACCUUUGCAACCUCAGGCAUUAAAGAAUGAAACUAUUUACAAGCAAGUUCAAGGAACUCAGACCAUUAUUGAAAUUGGGCCUAGAUUCAAUUUCUCCACAGCAGAGUCAAGUAAUUCUGUACAGAUCUGUGAAAGUGUUGGCCUGCGAGAUGUUAUACGCGUCGAAGUAUCUACUAGGUAUCUCAUUACAUUCAGAAAAGCCAAAAAUGUUUCUUCUGCUUUAUUUGAACAACUUGCAGCUCCCUUGCAUGAUAGGAUGACACAGUGUAUCUAUACGAAAGACAACCUUCCACGCAAAAGUUUUAAUGAAGGCCUACCAAAUGAUUUGGAGCCAUGGUUUGUGGUGCCUUUACAAAAAGAAGGCAUAGCCGCUAUGAAGAGAGUAAAUCAAAAAUUAGGUUUAGCAUUUGAUGCUUGGGAUAUGGAGUUCUAUUUGGACCUAUUUGUAAACAAAUUGAAGCGAGACCCAACAAGUGUUGAAUUAUUUGACCUUGCUCAGAGUAACAGUGAGCAUUCACGCCAUUGGUUCUUUAAGGGAAAAAUAAUAUUAGAUGGCAAGGAGAUCAAUGAAUCACUUAUUGACAUGGUAGCUUCAACUCAAAAGACUUCAAACAAUAACAAUGUUAUUAAAUUUGGAGAUAACAGCAGUGCUAUCAUUGGCUACAAGCACACCAAACUGCGUCCGAAAAAUGUACGGGAACCAUCGCAAGUUGUCCAGGAAAUUACGGAAUCGGACAUAAUAUUUACUGCCGAAACUCACAACAUGCCGACAGCAGUGGCGCCUUUCAGUGGAGCCACAACGGGCACUGGCGGGAGAAUUAGGGAUGUGCAGGGAGUCGGUCGUGGGGGACAUACGGUGGCUGGAACGGCGGGAUAUAGCGUUGGGAACCUCAAUAUUCCAGGUUACGAUUUGCCCUGGGAAGAAAAAGGAUGGGAAUACCCAAACAACUUCGCAAGUCCCUUACAAAUUAUCAUCGAUGCCAGUAAUGGUGCUUCCGAUUAUGGCAACAAAUUCGGAGAACCAGUAGUAUCAGGUUUUGUUCAAUCUUAUGGGUUGAAAAAUGACGACAAUGUGAGAGAGGAAUUCAUAAAGCCGAUAAUGUUUAGUGGUGGCAUUGGAUACAUGCCCCAUGAUAUGAUCAAGAAGAACAAACCAGACAAAGGUAUGCUACUGGUGAAGAUCGGGGGACCGGUGUACCGUAUCGGGGUGGGGGGAGGGGCUGCUUCGUCCGUCGCGGUCCAAGGAGGCGACGGUAGGGACCAUGCUUUGGACUUUGGAGCUGUGCAAAGAGGUGAUGCUGAAAUGGGCAAUCGCCUGAAUCGCGUCGUGAGAGGCUGUUUGGAGGCUGACAUCAAUCCGGUUGAAUCAAUACACGACCAAGGUGCGGGCGGUAAUGGAAACGUGCUCAAAGAACUGGUGGAACCGGAAGGAGCCGUGGUAUUCACCAAAGAGUUCCAGUUGGGAGACCCCACCAUUACCACACUGGAGCUUUGGGGAGCAGAAUAUCAGGAGAAUGAUGCGUUACUUUGCAGCAAGAAGAAUAGAGUUAUUUUAGAAGAAAUAUGUCGACGUGAGCGGUGUCCUGUAUCGUUUGUGGGAGAAGUAACUGGCGAUGGAUACAUGAGCCUCAUCGAAGAUUCUUUCACAGACAAAUAUCUAAGUAGAUCAGACAGAUUGAACCCUACAGUUAAACCUAAGAUGCCUUAUGAUCUUCACUUGGAAGCUGUAUUAGGAAAUAUGCCGCGCAAAACAUUCGAUUUGAAGAGGGACCAGAGAACCAAGAAGCCGUUAUCUUUACCAAAAGAUAUAACUGUGAAAAGUGCUUUAGACCGAGUGUUGAGGCUUGUGAAUGUUGCCAGUAAACGAUAUUUGACUAAUAAGGUAGACCGCUGCGUCACAGGACUGGUCGCCCAGCAACAGUGCGUUGGACCUUUACACGCGCCACUCGCGGACUGUGCAAUCAUAGCACUCUCUCAUUUCCACACAGUGGGUUCGGCCACUUCCAUCGGCACUCAGAACAUCAAAGGCCUCUUGGAUCCCGCAGCUGGAGCGAGAUUGUCUUUGGGAGAAGCUUUGACUAACUUGGUAUUUGCCGGAAUAUCAGAAUUAGAAGAUGUGAAAUGCUCUGGAAACUGGAUGUGGCCUGGAAAAACAGGAGUCGAAGGUGGAACUUUAGUGGUGGCGUGUCAAGCGCUAUGUGCCGCAAUGGCUAAGUUAGGAGUAGCCAUAGACGGCGGCAAAGACUCUUUGUCUAUGUGCGCUAAUGUGGCUAAGGAGAAAGUAAAAUCUCCUGGUACACUAGUUGUAUCCACAUACGCGCCUUGCCCCGAUGUAACUGUGAAAGUAGAACCGGUGUUGCAGAAGGAAGGGUCGGCCCUUGUUCACGUUCCAGUCACUACUGGAAAGUAUAGACUCGGCGGUUCAGCUCUCGCGCAGUGCUACAAGCAACUCGGCAACAACCCGCCGGAUCUAGACGAGCCCACAGUUCUCAAGGCGUUGUUCAAAACUACGCAGAAGCUAUUGAAAGAAAAGAAACUUUUAUCUGGCCAUGACAUAAGCGAAGGAGGUUUCAUCACGACAGUCUUAGAGCUAGCCAUUGGAGGACUAAGGGGAUUGAACCUGGACCUUGAAGUUGAGAAGAACGUCUCAGCAAUCGAAGCACUGUUCAAUGAAGAGCUAGGAAUCAUAGUAGAAGUGGCGCAAAGCGAUUUGGGAUACGUGUUACAUGAUUAUAAGAAAAAUGGAGUGAGCGCUAAGUGCAUUGGAAAAGUAGGAAAAUAUGGAAUGAAUUCAGAUGUUGUAAUAAAUAUAAACGGGGCGAAAGUGUUGGAUUUGAAACUGAAAGACGUAUAUAAAAUGUGGGAAGAAACUAGCUAUCAACUGGAAUGUCUUCAAGCUAAUAAGGAGUGUAUAAAUCAGGAAUGGAAAGGUUUAGAAAACCGUAAGGGCGUAACAUAUAACGUUACGUUUGACCCUGCAGCGGCGGUUAUCAAAACUAAGCCGAUAAGAGUAGCUGUGCUACGUGAAGAAGGAACAAACGGAGACCGCGAAAUGAUAGCGUCUUUAGUGAUGGCUAACUUUGACGUGUUUGACGUGACCAUGAGCGACCUGCAGGACAAUAAGAUCACGCUUGACGCCUUCCAGGGCUUGGUGUUCCCGGGAGGAUUCAGUUACGCAGACACAUUAGGAUCUGCUAAAGGCUGGGCCGCGGGUAUAUUAUUUUCUGAAAGUCUCAGUUCCCAGUUCACGCACUUCAAGAACAGAAGUGACACUUUCUCACUCGGCGUGUGCAAUGGAUGUCAGCUCAUGGCCCUUCUUGGCUGGAUAGACCCGGAAUCGGACAGUAAUGCCAAUAAAACACAAAUAUUCUUGGACCACAAUCUCUCAGAAAGGUUUGAAUGCCGCUGGAGUGCCGUAAAAAUCACAGAAAACACGGGUCAAGACGACGUCUGGUUCAAAGGCAUGGGCGGUAGUGUUCUUGGUGUAUGGGUGGCGCACGGUGAAGGAAGAUUCAGCGUAUCCGAACCGCAUUUGUUGGAUAAAGUGCAACGGAAUGGGCAGAUAGCAAUGCAGUAUGUGGACGACGAUGGAAAGAUUACACAGGUGUACCCGAUGAACCCUAAUGGAAGCCCAUUGGGUAUUGCGGGCGUGCGGUCCCCGGACGGGCGCCACGUGGCCAUGAUGCCGCACCCGGAACGCUGCGUGCUCCGCUGGCAGUGCCCGCAGCCGGUGGCUGACACCACGGCGUCUCCGUGGCUCAGAUUGUUCCAAAACGCGUACCUGUGGUCCUCGCGAGCGUGAUUUUUCUAUCGAAACUGCUAGAGCUGCCAACUGUUAUGAUGAUUUUUAAGACUUCCCUAUAUAUACAAUGUCUUUAUUCCUCACUCUGUAAAUUAAACAAAUCCAGGUUGUCAGCCCAUAGCCUAAUAUAAGAAUCCCAAUUUUAUAAUCCUUACUCACUAUUGACUUCAAGAAUUUGCACGGAUAGAGGAGGAACUUGCAUAUAAUAUGGAUUUUAUUUUAAUCUCAUUUAGUCUAGUUAUACAACACUUUUAUAUACAUCCAUCAAUUGUAUUAUUUUUAAACUUUUAUAAUAGUUUUAAGUUUUAGGAUAGGAAUCAGUUGAAUUUAUAUAAGAUCUGGUACCCAUUUGGUAUUAAAAGUUGUAUAAAGCAUUACCAGUGAUUUUUUCUUGUUAAAGAGUCUUCCAUAACAUUCCUAACUCCAACACUCCACAGUGCUAUUUUAUAUCUCUAGGUAUAUUUUAAG